AUGAGCCACCUGCCCGUGUGGACACGGGCCAUGAUUCCGCCGGGCCACCACUUCCUUCCGACCGAUGUCGAGAUCAUAGAAUCCUACCUUCUCCGGUGGUCAAAGGGCCUCCCUCUUCCGGUCAACGAUCUCAUACUAGAGGCCGACAUCUACGGGCCCCGUGCCGACCCCCACCUCGUUUUCCCCGACACCACCGACCCCCGGUGGGACUUCGUCUCCGAAAAACCCUCCCCAGACGGGACGAUAAUUACGGUCAAGCGCGUGGCUUACGUGCUCACCAAGCUGUCCAAAAUCAACCGUGACAAAACCCGCAUUGCGAGGCGGGCCGGGCCUGGCAAGUGGAACGGCCAGACGUGCCCUCGGGAGAUACACGACGAACGACAGCUGCUGAUAGGCUGCAUGAGGAUGUUCACGUACGAGCCCAGUAUUCGGGAAAGACGAGAAGCCGGUGAUCAUUGGAUCAUGCAUGAGUACUCGUUGGCCGGGGCGAGUUUGGAUGACGAGCGGUUGAAGCACACGAAGUAUGUGAUUUUGGAUGAGAAUAAUGCGGCGGCUAUUGUUGUACCGUUUGGUUAUGACGGUGCUUGGCACGGGAAGUCGAGGAUGAGUAGCGACGUGAAUGAGAAUAAUACGGAUAUUGUUUUGCCGUUUGAUGAUGCUACGGACAUGGAGCAUGGCGGAUUUGCCUGA